AUACCAUAAAGCCAUUCUAAUGGGAAUGUACGCAUUUUGUCCAGUUUUGAUUACACCACGUGAUCAUGUAUCCAAAGCUUAUGAAUUAGCCAUAAAGCUUGGUUAUGACGGCGAACCGGGAAAUCAUAAAAAGUUGCACAAUUUUUUCAAGAAUGUGGACUACGAUCGAGUGUUGAUGAUAAAGCACGAGCAAUUGCUUGACGAUAUUACAAUGGAUGUUCUUCCUGUUUCGGUGUUUUCGGCUACCCCAGAACCAGGAGAAAGUUCACCUCUACCCCUAUCGCCAGAACAACUUAUCUCAUCGACAAAUCGCGUGCCAAUAAUGAUCGGAUUCUGCGAAAAAGAAGCUUGCAUGACUUUUUUAAGACACGGAGAUUUCAAAAAAUCAAUGAGUACAGCUUUUCAGAAAGUUAUUCAACAGAAUUCUUGGGGAUGGGGAGCUGUUUUGGAUGAUUGCGAGCUGAGACUAGUUCAAAAAGAAGUGGAAGCAUUCUAUUUAGCUGGCAAGUCUAUAGAAACUGUAUCACAAACAGUUUUAUGCGAUGUACGAGCAAUAUGACCUAUUCUAUAAUAUUUUUGAAAUUUUUACACAGAAUUACGGUGUCCAGCUGCACUUUUGUGAUUGGGGGGGGGC